UAUCAUCAGAAUAUCUCAGUGACUGAAAAACUACUUACAGGCAAUGCAGAUAUUGAAGCAACAAACAAGGUUGGCCUCCCACCACUUUUGCUUGCAGCAAGUCAUGCAAAAGAGCAAAUGGUGGAGUUUUUUAGUGAAUAAAGGAGCAAAUGUGAAUGCAGUGGACAUAUGUCAAAGAACCACUCUCAUGUUUGCUGUGUGUUGUAAAUCACCAAGUAUGGUCAGCAUUCUUCUUCAGAAGAAUACUGAUGUCUUUCGUCGAGAUCCGAUAGGAAAGACUGCUGAAGAUGAUGCUGCUCGUUGGAAGUAUCAUGCGCUUUCCAGCAAACUGAGUAGUGAACACUCACAAUCUACACCAGAUGAUGAUGGCACCAAGCUGUUGCUGAAUUGGAAAAUUGCUCUCAUGGUUUUUUUCUCUAGGAGCUACUGAUGAGUCACAUCUAAAUAAAGAUCUCAAUUGAAAAGCAUCAAGAAAAUACAAAACAACUUUACAGAAGAAUCAUAUGAACUGAGUAAAAUUGAAUUCCGGUUCUUUACAUAGCAUUUUGUUUGUCACUAAAUAUAUAGCAUGUGAAAAUCAUUAUUAGAGAAACAUAUUUUUGUAUUAUUUGCAUCUGAUGAGUACUUAUGUGGCAUUUUAGAUAAAAGCCUAGCCUCUUUAACU